GCCAGCUCCAUCUGUUAGUCCCAGGACAGUCAGGACUUCAUGGUGUGGAGGCCCUUAACCUUAACCCUAACCCUAACCCUGACCUCAGCUCAGACCCCAGGGUGAGCCUCGAAUGCGCUCAGACUGCAAUGCUCUCCUCACCGUGGCUGGAGACCCCUGCCUGCCCUCCUGUCUGCAGUGUGGCUGGAGAACGAACGAACGCCAGCUCAGGAGUGGCGCUUGUAAUUUACUGCACGUCGCACCUAGUUGUAGCGGGGAGGAGGGAAACCCAAGCUUGCUUUGCUUUCCAGCGAGGACCUGGUCGACUACGCGUUCGCACUCAUUUGACCUCCCCGGGCUGCCGUCGCCGGCUCCUCCGCGGACUCGUGCGCCUGCGCACUGCGGACGGACGGGCGGUCGCUCGCUCCAUUUCUGCGGGAACCGGGAAGGACGUUGGUGUGGAGUUUGGUGUAGCUGAGCCCAGGAAGAAGGCGUAUGCAGAUUUCUACAGGAAUUACGACUCCAUGAAGGACUUUGAAGAGAUGAAGGCGGCUGGAAUCUUCCAGAGUGCGAAGUGACUUCAGAAUGUACAGGUGACC